CGGUAUCUGUAUUGGAAUUGAGUUGUAAGAGGUUGGUGGGAGUGUACCUCUGUAUUGAUGGUUUGUUCAUGGCCGAACUUUUCGAGGUCCACCAACAAUGCGUGGCUCAAGGUUUGGAGUUGGAGGUAGUGCUGGUAUUUCUACCCUUUUUUGGGGACUUCACCUCCUUUGUCCAUGAUGCCAAGCUUGGGAUGAAUUCGCUCAAGAUAUCAUCUUGGUGUGUCGCUCCUUACAACGGCGAGUUAAACCGGAGGGUAUGGUGAAUGUGUGACCAUGUAUGUUCACAAUAUUGCCCUCCGCGACCAAGGACCUCCAUUUGCGUUGCAUGAGUCGGAGCUCAAGGGCAAGAAGGUCCUUCUUUACUUUAACUAUUAUUCCACCAUGGAAGGAGGAUAUGUGUUUAAGCCGUUGGAAGGGUGCUACGACAGAAUGAAGCAGGUUUAUCCUAAUUCAGAAGUGCUGUUUGCUCCCCUUGAAGAGUUUACCAAGCCCUCCUCCAAGAGGGCCUCCAUGGCUGACUUUUCACCAUUCUGCAGCUGGCUCAGCAAUCAAUAAGAUUUCUUGGUUUAGAGAGGUGGGGUCUAACAUCCUCGCAUUCGGGGAGGAUGGUCGACUUUGCUGUUGGAAUGCUCAAAAUCACCUAGAUAAGGGUGUGGUCUGUGAUUCUUUGUUUGCUGACGAUUUGCGUGAAACGGUUCUUACUUAUGGAUGGGAGUUACUAUUAGGCGAGACUGAUUGAGUCAUUGUUUAUUUAGCAGGCAUAUAUCUGUCUGCCUGAUCUCAGUGUUAGUAGUUUUAUUGUGUGUGACAUCCUCUUCAGUGUUUAUUUAUAGGAAAAAUUAUCCAAAAUAAUGCCAAUUUUACCUGGUCUUCCAAAAAUAAUCUCACCUUUCACUG